UCCGGCCUGCGGUGCGCGCGCAGGUCGGUGCGUCGGUCGGGGGCGCGCUCGGGUAACCUGUACCCCACGUAGUCGCCGGUUACCGAUCGGACUAAGUUCCAGUGGUGAUUUGCAAGUCAAGUUAAAAUGUCCCCAGAAGUCGCCUUGAACCGAAUUUCUCCAAUGCUUUCCCCAUUCAUAUCUAGUGUGGUCCGCAAUGGAAAAGUGGGACUGGAUGCUACAAACUGUUUGAGGAUAACUGACUUGAAAUCUGGCUGCACAUCAUUGACUCCUGGACCCAACUGUGACCGAUUUAAACUGCACAUACCAUAUGCUGGAGAGACAUUAAAAUGGGAUAUCAUUUUUAAUGCCCAAUACCCAGAGCUGCCCCCCGAUUUUAUCUUUGGAGAAGAUGCUGAAUUCCUGCCAGAUCCCUCGGCUUUGCAUAACCUUGCCUCCUGGAAUCCUUCAAAUCCUGAGUGUCUGUUACUUGUGGUGAAGGAACUUGUGCAACAAUAUCACCAGUUUCAAUGCAGCCGCCUCCGCGAGAGCUCCCGCCUCAUGUUUGAAUACCAGACAUUACUGGAAGAGCCGCAGUAUGGAGAGAACAUGGAAAUUUAUGCUGGGAAAAAAAACAACUGGACUGGUGAAUUUUCAGCUCGUUUCCUUUUGAAGUUGCCAGUGGAUUUCAGCAAUAUUCCCACAUACCUUCUCAAGGAUGUAAAUGAAGACCCUGGAGAAGAUGUGGCCCUCCUUUCUGUCAGUUUUGAGGACACUGAAGCCACUCAGGUGUACCCUAAGCUAUACUUGUCACCCCGAAUUGAACAUGCACUUGGAGGCUCCUCAGCUCUUCAUAUCCCAGCUUUCCCAGGAGGAGGAUGUCUCAUUGAUUAUGUUCCUCAAGUAUGCCACCUGCUCACCAACAAGGUGCAGUAUGUGAUUCAAGGAUAUCACAAAAGAAGGGAGUAUAUUGCUGCUUUCCUCAGUCACUUUGGCACAGGUGUCGUGGAGUAUGAUGCAGAAGGCUUUACAAAACUCACUCUGCUGCUGAUGUGGAAAGAUUUUUGUUUUCUUGUACACAUUGACCUGCCACUGUUUUUCCCUCGAGACCAGCCGACUCUCACAUUCCAGUCCGUCUAUCACUUUACCAACAGUGGACAGCUUUAUUCCCAGGCCCAAAAAAAUUAUCCAUACAGCCCCAGAUGGGAUGGAAAUGAAAUGGCCAAAAGAGCAAAACAUCCGUUGAGCGCGCCCUCUGUUCCUGGCACUGGGACCGUACAGAUGAUAAGACCAGCCCUUCCUCUGAACAGCUGAGAAGAUAUGGCAAGUACACACCUCCGCCACUGAUGGGGGAGGCAGUGAUAAGCUGCACGGAAGAGCAGCGGAUUCACACUGCUUACUUCCAGCCCAGGCAAAUCAAGGAGGGCUUCCUAGAGGAGGGGCCAGCUGGGCCCAGAUUCAGCCUCUUGGCCCCAAAAAUAUUUUCUCCCAUUUUCCUCCUUGUGGUGGUUCGGUUUCCUGGUGGCCUCUCCAACUGGGCUGAGGAGCACAUGAUGCCUAGUUCGCAUGUAUGUGAUGAUUUACUGAGCAUCUCCUUGGUGCCAGACACUGUUCUAGACACUGGAGAUACCAGCAUGAAUAAAGCAUAACAAUCCUGCCCUGAUGGAGCUUCCGUUCCCAUCAGGGGAGAGAACGUGAA